CAUACAAACAACCACAACAACCUAAUCGCUGCAUAAGAAAAAUAUGUGAGCAGGAGAGGAGCAACUGAUAUACACAUAAAGAGAUGAAUUUCUCUGAGGUCUUUAAGCAAUCCAACCAACUUUGCAACAUUUCCCCAGAUGGGAAAUAUUUGGCUACUUGUGUGCAGUAUAGGCUGGUGGUGCGAGAUGUUAACACCCUACAGAUAUUGCAUCUCUACACCUGCCUGGACCAGAUAGUCCACAUGGAGUGGUCCUCAGACUCCCUUUUCAUUCUCUGUGCUAUGUACAAGAGAGGACUUGUGCAGGUGUGGUCUCUUGAACAGCCCGACUGGCACUGUAAGAUUGACGAGGGCUCAAUAGGACUAGUUUCCUCACGCUGGAGCCCGGAUGGACGUCACAUUCUCAACACCACCGAGUUCCACCUGAGAGUCACCGUCUGGUCCCUGUGCACCAAAGCUGUGUCUUACAUUAAGUAUCCCAAGGCUUGUCAGAAGGGUAUAGAUUUCAGCAGGGAUGGUUGCUACAUGGCCUUGGCUGAACGCCGUGACUGCAAAGACUAUGUUAGUGUAUUUGUGUGUGACAGCUGGCAUCUCCUCAGGCAUUUUGAGACAGAAACACAGGAUCUGGCGGGAUUGGAGUGGUCUCCCAAUGGCUGCGUAUUGGCUGUAUGGGACAGCUGUCUCGAGUACAAGGUGUUACUGUACUCUCUGGAUGGUCGUCUGUUGUCAGACUACAGUGCCUAUGAGUGGUCGCUGGGAGUCAAGUCUCUGACGUGGAGCCCCAGCAGCCAGUUUCUGGCCAUUGGCAGCUAUGACGAAAAAGUGCGUAUCCUAAAUCAUAUUACGUGGAAGAAGAUUGCACAAUUCGAACACCCAGCCAACAUCAACAAACCAAAAGCUGUUGUGUAUAAAGAGGUGGAGAGGAGGCCUGCGGUUGCUAGUGAUGACCAUUGCAUCCACAGCAUCACCAUGGGCAGUACUCUCUUCAGCACCCAGAGCAAAUACGAGAUUUGCCCACUGCCUGUCCAGUUUCCCGUGGUCAAACCAGACCAAGACCGAGCCAACCCUAAGAUUGGCAUUUCUACCUUGGCCUUCAGCUCGGACAGUUGCUAUUUGGCCACCAAGAAUGACAGCAUGGCCAGUGUGGUAUGGGUGUGGGACAUGCAGAAGAUGAAUCUGGAGGCAGUGCUGGAACAGACAUCAGCUGUGCGCUGCUUCCAGUGGGACCCCCGGCGCCCCCGACUGGCACUGUGCACAGGCAAUGCCAAGCUCUACCUCUGGUCCCCCGCAGGCUGCGUUUCAGUCCAAGUCCCUACAGAAGGUGGUUUCCAGGUCCAGUCUCUUAGCUGGCACUCCAGUGGAAACUCGCUGAUCCUCCUUGGGAAGGAGCAGCUGUGUCUGUGCUUCAUGGAUGCCGAGCAGGAGGACAAGUGACUCUCACAAACACAUAACUCACUGCCAGAAUAAAUAACUGUGCUACCAACCACCAGACCACAUUCCCUCAUCGUUUUGGCUAGGAUUGUGUUAAUUUAGCUGAUGAGCCAAAAGACUUGGGGGAGGAUUCCUUUUGACAAGUGGCUGUGUCACAGUCAAAAGGUUGCACUCAAUGAGUAUUGUGUUAUGAUAGCAUCCAGCAGCUGCUUGAGGUUAUUAGGAUCCACAAAGGCAGGGGAAAUACUUGCCUCCAUAGGGCUCCAUUUCCACAUGUGAAUCCUGGGGCACUGCAAUAAGAUUUUACAAAGACCUGAAAGAUGAAGGGCUGUAUUUCCAGGGGUAUUGUUGGUAGGAGACUCAUUUGGAGAAUUAGAACUGAUGUAUGUUCAGUAUUUUUUUUUAAUGACUCCUUAUUGAAGCACGAUUAAAAACAAAAACUAAAGACAUGUUCAAAAGUUUGACCAUUUUUAAUUUAACCGUUCAUAGAUUGAAGUAUUUUGUAUGUG